AUGGACGACUCCGUCUUCGUGGAGGACGAUGAUGGCUCGGAUUUCGGUCCUUCAGUACCAAAGCCUCCCAAGAACAAGGCAAGCGAGAGCCUUGCUACCGUCGCCAAACGUGGGCCUAAACCAGAGACCAAACGAGUAGCCAAAGACAAGCCAGCGCCCAAGAAGACUACGCAGACAACUCUGAAGUCAAAGCCCAAGUCUAAGAAGCGACCAAAGUCAGACUCCGAAAACGAGGACGAAGACGAACCCUCUCUCAGCGACGCCUCGAUCUUAUCUACCACACCACCCAAGGCCAAAAAGGCUAGGAAAGCAGUCGAGCCCAAAAAAAUGGGGUCCAAACCUCUACAAGAGAUUGAGAAUGAGGCUAUCAAUGAGGCCAUUAACGCGUCUAUGGUCGAUGGAUCACCGGCAAAACCUAAGAAGGGCUCAAAAUCUACGGAUCAAUAUCAGAAGCUCACUCAACUUGAGCAUAUCAUCAAACGCCCUGACACAUACAUUGGGUCAGUCGAGAUGCAGGACCACAAAAUGUGGGUAUACAACAGUGAGCUUGAAUCUAUGGAAAUGCGCACGGUCAAUUUUGUUCCCGGACUGUACAAGAUAUUUGACGAAAUUCUUGUCAACGCGGCGGACAACAAACAACGAGACAAGAACAUGGACACAGUUAAGGUCACCAUCGACCGAGAGAGCGGCCAGAUCAGUAUCUACAACAAUGGGCGUGGGAUUCCAAUAGAAGUACAUGAGAAAGAAAAGAUCUUUAUCCCAGAGAUGAUCUUUGGACAUCUACUCACAUCCUCGAAUUACGACGAUGAGGAGCAGAAAGUCACAGGGGGUCGUAAUGGCUACGGAGCGAAGUUGUGCAAUAUCUUUAGUACCUCGUUCUCCAUCGAUACUGCAGACUCGAAAACGAAGAAAAAAUACAAGCAAACAUGGACUGCCAACAUGAGCAAGAUGGCCACUGCUUCAAUCACUCAGCAGAAAGGUGAUGACUACACAAAAAUCACGUUCACCCCCGACUACAGAAAAUUUAAGAUGCAGGGUAUUGACGACGAUUUUGAAGCCUUAGCCAAGCGGAGAGUAUAUGAUCUUGCUGGUACAGUCAAAGGGGUCAAAGUAUGGCUCAACGGGGAGCGCAUCAAGAUCAGCAAUUUCAAGAAGUACAUGGAAAUGUACACCAAAGCCAUCAAACGAGAGCGAGGCGAGGAGGCUAUAAAUGACACGUCGGAUAUCAUUACAGAUAGUCCAGAUGCACGUUGGGAGAUCGGUUUCGCUGUGUCCGAUGGUACUUUCCAACAAGUGUCCUUUGUGAAUUCCAUCGCAACCACAACCGGGGGUACUCACGUCAACUACAUUGCCGAUCAGGUAUCAAACAAGCUCCUAGAAGUGGUCAAGAAGCGCAAAAACAACAAGGUCGCUUCGCUUAAGACGAGCCAAAUACGAAAUCACAUCUUCAUAUUCGUAAAUUGCUUGAUCGUCAAUCCUGCCUUUACUUCACAGACCAAAGAGCAAUUGACGACGAAACAUAGUCAAUUUGGGAGUAAAUGCAACCUGAGUGAGGACUUCCUUAGAAAGAUUGCUAAAACAGAAGUGAUUGAGAACAUCCUACACUUUGCCGAACAAAAGGCAGAUCAAAUUCUCAAGAAGAGUGAUGGAAGUCGCAGAAGUCGUAUGGAUAAUCCAAAGUUGACAGAUGCUAACAGAGCUGGGACCAAAGACGGCCACAGUUGUACUCUGAUCUUGACUGAAGGAGACUCUGCCAAGGGUCUGGCCAUCGCUGGACGAUCAGUCGUGUCGCCUGAUCUGAUAGGCGUGUAUCCUCUAAGGGGUAAGUUGCUUAAUGUCAGAGAUGCCUCCAUCGAUCAAAUAUCGAAGAAUCAGGAAAUUCAAAACAUCAAAAAUUUCCUUGGACUCAAACACAAGCAGACCUAUACUGAUUGCAAAAGUAUGCGCUAUGGGCACCUCAUGAUCAUGACUGACCAGGAUCAUGACGGGAGUCACAUUAAAGGGCUUUUGAUAAACUUCUUCCAAGUACACUACCCUAGCUUGCUCAAAAUUCAAGGCUUCCUUGUCGAAUUCAUUACACCCAUUGUCAAAGUCUACAAAGGAGACCCAAAACAUCCCAAAGCGAUGCAGACGUUCUUCACAAUGCCCGAGUAUGAAGCAUUUAAGGAAGCACAUAAGGGCGAACGCAGUUGGGAACAUAAAUACUACAAGGGUUUGGGUACUAGUACCACCCUUGAAGCUCAAGUUUAUUUCCGCGAUCUCGACAAGCAUUUGAAGGAAUUUCGUACUAUGAGAGACAAUGAAGUGGAACUCAUAGAGUUAGCUUUUUCGAAGAAAAAGGCCGAUGAACGCAAAGAGUGGCUGCGCCAGUUCAAACAUGGCACUUAUCUUGAUCAUUCGGAACGUCUGGUUUCCUACACAGACUUCAUCAACAAGGAGCUCAUCUUAUUCAGUGUCGCAGACAACAUGCGAUCAAUUCCUUCAGUUGUUGAUGGACUCAAACCUGGACAGCGGAAAGUACUCUAUACUUGUUUCAGGCGGAAUUUGAAGAAGGACAUGAAGGUUGUCGAGCUUGCUGGUGCUGUGUCGGGUCUCACUGCGUAUCAGCACGGAGAUACUUCGCUACAAGGCACGAUAGUUGGCCUCGCCCAAAAUUUCGUUGGCUCUAACAACGUGAACUGCCUUGAGCCUAGCGGCAAUUUCGGCAGCCGUCUUCAAGGUGGCAGUGACUGUGCUAGCGCUCGGUAUAUUUACACACGUCUCUCGCCAUUUGCCAGGAAAAUUUUCCACCCAGCGGAUGAGCCAUUACUUACUUACAAUACUGACGAUGAGAAGACGAUUGAGCCAGAGGUAUAUGUGCCUGUGGUACCAAUGGUACUUCUAAAUGGAGCGGAUGGGAUUGGUACGGGAUGGAGCACCAGUAUACCAAACUAUAACCCUGAGGAUGUAGUGGAGAACCUGAUGUUGAUGAUGGAUGGAGAGCCAAUGAAACCAAUGACUCCAUGGUUCCGCGAUUUCAAGGGAGCAGUCACACAAAUUGCACCUGAUAGGUUCAAAUUUAGUGGUAUCAUCAAUCAGGCCAACGACAACGAGAUCGAGAUUACUGAGCUUCCCGUCCGAGUCUGGACUCAGGAUUUCAAGGAUAAAAUCGUAGACAUCAUUAAAGCCGAGAAGACACCAAGCUGGAUCAAAGAUUACGAUGAUUACAACACUCACAAGGAUGUCCAUUUUGUCAUCAAAAUGGAGGACAAGCAUAUAAAGAUUGCACUAGAGGAAGGCUUGGAGGAAAAGUUCAAGCUGACAAAGACUAUGGCUACUUCCAAUUUGGUGGCCUUCGAUGCCGAAGCGCGUAUCUCAAGAUAUGCUAACGUGGAGGAUAUCAUGAAGGAAUUCUUUGCAAUUCGUAUCAAGUUUUAUGAGAAAAGAAAGGCACACCAGCUCUCAGAGCUUCAUAAGGACCUUGAAAAAUUCUCUAAUCAGGCACGCUUUGUGCAGAUGAUUGUUGACGGAAAAUUGAUCGUCUCCAAAAAAAGGAAAGCUAUCCUGGUAGAGGAGCUCAAAGAGAAAGGCUUCAAACCAAUUCCAAAGGUCAUUACAGCUCAGAAGGAAACGGAUGUCGAACCUGCCGCAGACAACGAGGAAGAAGAGCAAGACACAGAAGUUGCUGCAUCAGCUUUCGACUAUCUUCUUGGAAUGCCUAUUUGGUCGCUUACAAAGGAGCGUGUUGAAAAGCUACUGAAACAAAUUGGAGAGGUUGAGGAAGCCAUCGACACCCUCAUCAAGCUUAGUAAGGAAGACCUGUGGAAGCGGGACCUCACGGAUUUCAUCGAAGAGUGGCGAUUCCAACUUGAAGAUGAUCGUAAGAGCCAAAGGAAGGUGGCUAACAUGGGGCGUCGCGCGUCUUCGAAGAUCAAAGUCGGAGCCGCUAUAGGUCGCAAGCGAAAGGUACAAGAUGGGGCAGACUCUGAUUUUGAUGACGCUCCCAAAGCGAAGAAAGCUGCUGUACCGAAGGUUCGGGGCGGUCUACUCGGAGACUACUUCGGAGCGACAGCGCCCUCGAAGCCUCCUUCACAAAAGACAAAGGGUCCUUCACAGGCAGCAAAGAACGCCCAGAAGCUGCUGGGAAUGUUAGACGACAACAAAUCCGCACCAAAGGCCACCGGGGAAGACAAGGAGGACAUUUGGAUGCAAGUCGAUGGGGCAGCACCAAAAGCUGCACAGUCUGCGAGAGUCAAAGCUCCUGCUCCAAUGAAGAAGGCCCUCCCAACGAAAGCGAUUCAUGCAGCAGAGGAUAAGAGUGCCGAGGAGGAUAUUGUGAGGCCAGCGAUUUCACGAAAGCCUCGGGCUGCAGCUGCGAAACCAGCCCAAUCUUACAAGCUUGAUGACUCGGAUUCGGAUGGCGAUGAUAUGCUCCUUGAUGUUGGUAACAUGGUCAAAGGCAUCCCCACAAACACCAAUGAGAGCAACAGUUCCCGUCCUCUCUUUGCCAAGUCUGCUUCUCGCCCAUCCAGCAGUCACGGUUUCUCCAAGCGACCCACAUCUGUACACAGACAAGCGGUCGAUCUUGAGAUAGACGACACUGACUACUCUAGGCUCGCACCACCAACGGCAAAGAAAGGUACAGCCAUAACAGCGCGGUCAAGUGCUCUGUCCGAAGACGAUGAAUCGCUUGAUGAUAUGCCAGUUGCAAAGGCUGCCAAUCUCAAGACAGCUCGGCCAAAAGCAGAGCCAAAGGCUAGAGCAGCUCCCGCAACCAAAAAGAAUGGUGCUGCGCCCGCUACAGCUCUUCCGAAGAAGGCAGCUUUGAGUCCAGCAGGCAAGGCAUAUGCUGCUAAGAAGGCCAAAGCAGAGGCAGCAGCCAAGAGUAAGAAGGACGAUUCUGAUAUUGAUGAUGCCGUCGACAGGAUUCUUGAUGAUGAAGAGGAAGACGACGCUCCAGCCGUUCGGCGACCGGCAAGACGGGCGGCAGCAGCAGCAGCUCCGAAGGCAAAGUGGGUCGUUAGUGAUGAGGAGGAGGAAGAUGAUGAAGAGAGCGACGACUUUGACGGAGGUGAUAGCGAUGACUGA